AUGCUUCCUGAAAAAAUAGCUCUUCUGUCUAUUUCUAUCCUUAUAGUCAUCAUUGGUUUUUUGCUAAAUGGAUUUAUUGUUACGGUGAACUUGUUUAAGUGCAUCAAAUUUCAAACUCUUGAAACCAUCAAUGUUCUUAUUACUGGUUUGGGACUGGUGAGGUUCAUACUUCUAAGUAUACAUAUGAAACAUAUUUGUUUUUUAAUGUUUGGUUGGUCUCUGUUCCAAAUUGAUGAAUAUUUAGGGACUUUAAUAGUAUGUGUGAUCUUCUGCAGUUUUUGGUGGGGCUCGGUGCUUUGUGUCUUCUACUGUGUGAAAAUCUCAAACUACAGCAACAGACUCUUUAUGAGACUCAAGAUGAACAUCUCCAAGAUGGUCACUUGGCUGCUUCUCAUCUCAUUGGUCAUCUCCUUUCUUUUCAGUUUGCCUUAUAGUUGGUCUGUAACUUGUAUACACGUUGUUAAUGGCACCAACAAUGGAAACAAGGUAAAGAAAGUAAAUAUUGUCCGUCUGUUCAUCAUUAUUUUUGCCGGCUCCAUCAUACCAUUCAUGGUAUUUUGUGUCUCCGUUUAUCUUAUCAUUGUGUCACUCCUGAGACACACCACAAAAAUGAGCAGCAGAGAUUCCGGCUUCAGCAUCGCUCAACGAGAUAUUCACCUCUGUGUCAUUUGGAACAUGAUCUCAUUCUUAUUGUUUUAUGCCUUGUAUUUUGCAUCUUUCGUCUUGGUAAUUCUUACUAUGAACUUUGAGAAUCCAAUAUUUACUUUAGUAUGUUAUAUUUUCAUUGCUGCCUACCCAAGUCUACACUCUAUUUCUUUAAUUUUCAGCAACCGAGAGCUUAAACGCGCCUUUUUUAUUGUCUUUUCUUUUAAUUGGUUAGGAAAUAUAAGGCAAGAGACCUCUUAA